UCAGGCGCUGAGUGGGCUCUUCGGAACAUGUCUGGUGGUUCCGCGGACUAUAACAGAGAACAUGGCAGCCCAGAGGGAAUGGACCCCGAUGGUGUCAUGGAGAGCAACUAGAAUGAGAUUGUUGAUAACUUUGAUGAUAUGAAUUUGAAGGAAUCUCUUCUGCGGGGCAUCUAUGCUUACGGCUUUGAGAAGCCUUCAGCUAUUCAGCAGAGAGCCAUUAUCCCCUGUAUCAAAGGGUAUGAUGUGAUUGCUCAAGCUCAGUCAGGUACUGGCAAGACAGCCACAUUUGCUAUUUCCAUCCUGCAACUGUUGGAGAUUGAGUUCAAGGAGAUCCAAGCACUAGUAUUGGCCCCCACCAGAGAACUGGCUCAACAGAUCCAAAAGGUGAUUCUGGCCCUUGGAGAUUAUAUGGGAGCAACAUGCCAUGCUUGCAUUGGUGGAACCAAUGUUCGAAAUGAAAUGCAGAAGCUGCAGGCUGAAGCCCCACAUAUUGUUGUUGGCACACCUGGGAGAGUGUUUGAUAUGUUAAACAGAAGGUACCUUUCUCCAAAAUGGAUCAAAAUGUUCGUUUUGGAUGAAGCAGAUGAAAUGUUGAGCAGAGGCUUCAAGGAUCAAAUCUAUGAGAUUUUUCAGAAAUUAAACACCAGUAUUCAGGUUGUGUUACUUUCUGCCACAAUGCCAACAGAUGUAUUGGAGGUCACCAAGAAAUUCAUGAGAGAUCCCAUUCGAAUCCUGGUGAAAAAGGAGGAACUGACCCUUGAAGGAAUCAAACAGUUUUAUAUUAACGUUGAGAGAGAGGAAUGGAAAUUGGACAUACUCUGUGAUUUGUAUGAGACACUGACAAUUACACAGGCGGUUAUCUUUCUCAAUACAAGGCACAAGGUGGACUGGCUUACUGAGAAAAUGCAUGCCAGAGACUUCACAGUUUCUGCUCUGCAUGGUGACAUGGACCAGAAGGAAAGAGAUGUUAUCAUGAGGGAAUUCUGGUCAGGCUCAAGCCGUGUGCUGAUCACUACUGAUUUGUUGGCUUGUGGUAUUGAUGUGCAACAAGUGUCUUUGGUUAUAAACUAUGAUCUACCUACCAAUCAUGAAAACUAUAUUCACAGGAGUCGAUAGCAGCAGUUGAUGGCGAGAAGGCGCUCAGAAACGGCGUUGACGUAAUUUAGGACGUGGAAUCAUAAGCGAAACAGCACACUGUUUGAAUAAAGAGCGAGUCGAAUUGGCAGAGGGGGUCGAUUUGGGAGGAAAGGUGUGGCUAUAAACUUUGUUACUGAAGAAGACAAGAGGAUUCUUUGUGACAUUGAGACUUUCUACAAUACUACAGUGGAGGAAAUGCCAAUGAAUGUGGCUGACCUUAUUUAAUCCCUGGGAUGAGAGUUUUGAAUGCUGUGCCCGCCUGUUGAAUAGGCGAUCACAACGUGCAUUGUGCUUCUUUCUUUGGGGAUAUUUGAAUCUUGUCUCAAUGCUCAUAACGGAUCAGAAAUACAGAUUUUGAUAGCAAAGCGACUUUAGUCGCUUUGCUCUUGUGAGGAAAGCCGUCGGCUUCAUCCUCUUUAGAGUUAGACUGUUGGGGUUGGGUAUUAAAAGAUGGGGUCUGUAAAGUCUUUUUUUCUUAGAAAUUUAUUUCCUAGUUCUGUAGAAAUGGUUGUAUUAGAUGUUCUCUAUCAUUUAAUAAUAUACUUGUGGACUAAAAGAUAUAAGUGCUGUAUAAAGUCAGCCAAUUAUGUUAAACUAGCAUAUCUGCCUUUAUUGUGUUAUUAGCCUCAAUAGGAAGGCCUUUAAAAUUGA